AUGCUGUUUCCGCUGAAUUGCGGUUACGACUUGACACAGAAAGCUUUGCUUUCACUAAAUUUCUUUUAUGUGGCGAUAGGUGGAUUGCUUAUUAUCACAAGUGCCUACGCUAAAUCCGCCUCUAUAGUUACUUCUGUCUCGGUUGUGGGUGGUAUCAUUGCUGCCGGUGUAUUUCUCAUAUUGGUUGCUCUUCUCGGAAUCUAUGGAACAAAGAAACAACAUCAAGCUGCUCUGUUUUUCUACAUGAUCAUACUGUCAUGCGUUUUCACUAUUCAAUUUAUUGUGGCAAUUGUUUGCCUUGGCAACAUGUCAGAAAGUGGUCUUGAGGAGGUGGUGAGAAGUGGAUGGAAAAAGUCAGAUGCGGCUGUUAAAUGGGAUGCGCAGAACGCAUUCAGAUUGUUGUGUUUGGAUAAGGAAGAUCAGAAGUACGUGAACCUGCCUCCGAAAAGUGAGGGACUUUGGUCUGUUGUUCUCUCUUAG